AUGAUCAAUUAACUAAAUAAAGAAUUAGAAAGAGUGGAUGAUUUAAAGAGUGUGGAUAUUUGUCAAGAGUUCGAGUUUUAAACUUUACAUAAAGAAAUUUUGGGAAGAGGUACUUAUGGGUAUAAAAUGUGUAUGAUAUAAUAGCAAAGUAUACAAAAUGAAGAAUAAAUUUGAUAAUAAAAAUUAUGCAGUUAAAUGUAUCAAAAAAUAAAAUGAAAAAGAAGGAGUAAAUUUUUUAUAUUGAUUAUCUAAAGUUUCCAAUUACUUCUUUAAGAGAAAUUAAAUUUCUUACAACCUUGGAUUAAGAAAAUGUAAUAAAAAUAAAAUAAAUUUACACAAGAGUUAAGAAAAACAAAAAUAACAUAAAGACUAUAAAAACAUAUUGUGCUAUGGAUUUAAUGGCAAAUGAUUUUUGGAAAUUAUUAAUGAAAAAUGAAUAAUAAAGAUUUUAUUUUACUACAAAUCAAAUUCGUAGCAUUCUUUAUUAAUGUUUUAAGGGUCUAUAAUACAUUCAUUCAUAAAAUAUUAUACAUAGGGAUAUUAAAAGUGCAAAUAUAUUGGUAAAUGAAGAAGGAAUAGUUAAAAUAGCAGAUUUUGGUUUAGCAAAGUUUUGUCCAAAAAUAGAAGGAGUUAAGAAAACUCCCACAGUUGUCACAUUAGGUUAUAGAGCACCUGAAGUUUUAUUAACAAGAGGAUAGUAUUCUUUUUAAUUAGAUGUUUGGAGUAUGGGAUGCUUUGCUGUUGAAUUAAAUUUCAAUAGACCAUUAUUUAAAGCUAAAGAUGAGGCUUAAUAGAUUUAAUAAAUAUUUGAAAAAUGUGGAACACCUACAAUUGAAACUUGGCCAGAGAUUAUGAAAUCAGAUUACUUUAUUAAAUUAAAUCCUUAAAAAUAUGAUAGAAAGUUUAUAUCUUCAAUUAGAAAUAUGAAUAUGGCAUUUGAUGAUGAAUUGUUAGAUUUGCUUGAUAAGAUAUUUGUCUUGAAUCCAAAUGUACGAUUAACAGUUGAAUAAGUACUUUUACAUCCAUUUUUUACUAAUCAUAAUUUAGAAUUAUGUUUUGAACAAUUCAAAGAAUAUAUAAUGAAAAGAAAUUUCGCUUAAGAAAAAGUCAUAACACGUGCUUAUAAACCUGUAUAAGAAAAUAUACAGUUUAUUAUAUGA